UGGUGGGGUGGUGGGCCGUCAGUAGCAAACUUGAUUUUGAUUCCAGCAAUAUGACGGCCCGGGCCAUCUUUCCGACAUCCUACGACAAGGAAACGAAGAUCUGGAGCGGCGUGCCCAGGUCCACGCUGUACGACUACAACUGUUCGGUCGGCCAGGUGGUGUACAACUCCCUGAAAUGCUGGGCGACCAACGUCCUUCAGAUCACCGCCGACGACGACACAGUCCUCACCAAUGGCGAUGUGCUCGCCCUGGCCAGCCGCAUUGCCCUCUACUUCAGGGCCGAGGGUCUGACCCACGAGGACAGGGUGGGGAUCAUUGGCAGGGGCAGCACCUACGUUAUGCCCGUGGCGACCGCUUGCUUCUUCAACACGACCCCCUUCCAUGCCAUCAACAGCAGCAGGGAGCCACAGGUUGUCGCCAGACUCUACUCCGUCACCAAGCCCAAGAUCAUGUUCUGCGACGCCUCAGACUAUGAGACCAUUAAGGACAUCUGCAAGGACUGGGCGCCGAAGAUCAUCACCCUGACGGGUCGCGUGGAGGGUGUGCCCAGUGUCGAGGAUCUGAUAAAGCCCCAUCCCGCAGAGGCAAGCUACAAGCCUACGCCUCUGGCUACUGGCGGCGAUCAAACAGCGGUGGUGCUGUGCUCCUCGGGCACCGCAGGCCUGCCCAAGGCUGUGAUGCUCUCGCAUCGUCACCUCUGCAGCACCAAUUCCUUCUGCUUCAGCUACGAUGUGCUGUACACCAGCGCCUCCAUUGAUUGGAUGACUGGAUUCUCGAUCAUGGUAAUGAGUCUCAUAUACGGACUCACCCGCAUCGUUUCCGAACAGCCCUUCAGCGCCGGGAAUGCCGCUGCCAUCGUGCAAAAGUACAAGGUCACCUGCAUCGCGAUGGCACCGUGGCAGGCCUACGAGCUGUACACCAGUCCCCUGGCCACCGCGGAGACUCUGCAGAGCCUGAAGAUCUCCUUUGUGAUCGGCGGCUGGAUAUCGCUGGCCCUGCUGCGCAAGUGCCAGGCCCUGCUGCCCAAGUGCUACAUCAUGUUCUCGUAUGGCACCACCGAGACGGGCAUCGUGACUGUCAACAUCGACCAGAGUCUGGAGAACUCCGUGGGCCGCCUGGGGCCUGGCAUGCGGAUCAAGAUCCUCGGCGAGAACCGACAGCCGCUGGGCGUCAACGAAGUGGGCGAGGUGCUCAUCGACAUCGGGCUCAAGUGGUUGGGCUACCUGGACAACGCGGAGGACACUGCCGCCACCCUGGAGGACGGUUGGAUCAAUCUUGGGGAUCUGGGCUACUUCGACGCGGACAACAACCUGUAUCUGGUGGACCGCAAGAAGGACCUGCUGAAGUACAAGUCCAAGCACUACUGGCCCAACGAGAUCGAGCAGAUCAUCGCCGAGCUGCCAGAGAUCGAGGAUGUGUGCGUGGUGGGCGUGCGGGAUGAGCGCUACGGCGACGCGGCCGGCGCUUUGGUCAUCCGAAAGGAGGGCCUCGAGAUCACCGCCCAGAAGAUCAUCGAUUAUGUGGCCCAGCGGGUGGUCGUGGACUACAAACAGCUCAAUGCCGGCGUUGUCUUCGUCGACCACAUCCCGACGAAUGUGAAUGGCAAGGUCAUGAGGAGUGAGGCCCGAAAUAUCUUCGAUGAGCGCUCCAAGUGAUUCGAUCUCUUCACUCGUACACCAAUAGGGAAUAUCAUAUAAAUUUUUAGCAUACAAAUUACCAAAAGAAGAGCAUUCUUUGUGUUCGAAUAAACAGAACUUAAAUCGUUAUAA